AAAAAAAUCGCUGGAUAACGAAACUCGAAGAACGAAAAAAAUUUAUUUCUAAAAAAAUUACGAGAUCAGAUAGAAAAAUUGAUGGAAAAGACACAAUAAUCAAAGAGGGAAAAUAUGAUGCUUACAGAUGA